AUGCUCUCCCGCAUCGCCCAGCGCACCCAGCGCACCCUCUCGCGCACCGCCACUUCGGCCGUCGCAUCCGGCAGCCGCGCUUAUGCCUCGGACGCAGGCUACACCGGCGGGCCCACGUUCGAGUUGACCGAGGAGCAGGCGUCGAUCCGCGAGCUCGCGAGGCAGUUCACCGAGAACGAGAUCAUCCCGGUCGCGGCAGAGCACGACCGCACCAUGAAGUACCCGUGGGAGGUCAUCAAGAAGGCGCACGCCGAGGGCCUGCUCAACGUCCACGUUCCGGAGGAGUACGGCGGUGCCGGCCUCUCGGUCAUGUCGUCGUCGCUCGUCUCGGAGGAGCUCGCGUACGGCUGCACGGGCAUUCAGACGGCCAUCGAGGCAAACGGCCUCGCCUCGGCACCCGUCAUCAUCGGCGGCAACGACGCCCAGAAGCGCAAGUACCUCGGCCGGCUCACCGAGGAGCCGCUCAUGUGCGCGUACGGCGUGUCGGAGCCGGGCGCGGGUAGCGACGUCGCGUCGAUUACGACCAAGGCGACGCUCGAGGGCGACAAGUACGUUAUCAACGGCAGCAAGUGCUGGAUCACGAACGGCGGCGUCGCGAACUGGUACUUUGUCCUCGCCAAGACGGACGCGGCGGGCAAGCCGCACAAGUCGCUCUCGGGCUUCAUCGUCGACGCCGACACCCCGGGCAUUACCGUCGAGAACAAGCUCAUCAACAUGGGCCAGCGCUGCUCGGACACGCGCAUCAUCAACUUUGAAAACGUCGUCGUCCCCAAGGAGAACCUCCUCGGCAAGGAGGGUGACGGCUUCAAGAUCGCCAUGGGCGCCUUCGACAUCACGCGCCCGCUCGUCGCUUCGGGCGCCGUCGGCCUCGCGCAGCGCGCCCUCGCCGAGGCGGCCAAGUACGCCCACGACCGCAAGACGUUCGGCACCCCCAUCAUCCAGCACCAGGCGAUCGGCACCCUGCUCGCCGAGAUGGCCAUCGGCGUCGAGAACUCGCGCAACGCCGUCUGGCGCGCCUCGUGCGCCAAGGACGCCAACGACCCUCGCACGACCUACCUCGCCUCGAUCGCCAAGGCCUACGCCUCGCAGGUCGCCGUCUCGAACGCCGACAAGUGUGUCCAGAUCUUUGGUGGUGCGGGCUACAACACUGAGUACCCCGCCGAGAAGCUCUUCAGGGACUCGAAGAUCUUCCAACUUUAUGAAGGCACCACGCAGAUCCAGAACCUCAUCAUCUCGCGCGUCGUCGCCAACGACUACGCCUGAGCGUCCUCCGGCUCGUCGUCGGGGAGAAGGAGCUCUCGCCGGCCUGCUCUCGCGCCCCUCUCUCUCUCUUUCUACCCUGCAUCACUCUCUGUGUCAUCUCUGCCUUGUCGUGUCCUCGCAAUCACAAACCCUUUGCACUGCG